AUGACACUGCCGGUGUUCGCGAAGAAAGUGAAAAAGUUGGCCUCGUUCCAACUAUUCAAUCUGAAACUUCUCCUUAACGGCGAAUCAAGUCGCGGUUUCAACAAAUUCAAAAAGCACUACAAACUCAAAGGUGAACUUGGUCGUGGCGGAUUCGGUAUCGUCUACCGAGCGAUUCGCGUUGCAGACGAGCUUCCAGUGGCUGUGAAAUUUAUCGAUCGCCGAACAGUCCGUGAAUGGGGAAAGAUUAAUGACGAACAUCUGCCUAUGGAAAUCUGCAUGUUGGCAAAGUGCUCAAAAAUUCGAGGAGUGAUUCGCCUCCUUGACUGGUACAGUAUCCCGGAAGGAUACCUGAUUGUCAUGGAACGACCGUAUCCAUGUGUCGAUAUGUUCGAUUUCAUCAAAGGGCAACAGAAACUCGACGAAGAGAUGGCUCGUUUCCUAUUCCGUCAAAUCGCUCAAACCAUUCACGAAUGCUCACAAAAACGGGUCCUGCAUCGGGAUUUAAAG